CCUUGUCCAUUUUGCUCUCAAAGAAUAGGUGAAUUAAAAGAAUAUAUAAGUAUAUCCCGUGACCCUCAAUAACUAAAUUAUUCAAGGAAAAAUUCAGCAAAACCCAUGGAUUCCAAUCAACUCCCGCUCAGCAAAAAUAUGCAUGAUAAUAACAUUGCUCCUUUGAAGAAGAAGAAGACGAGAUUCUCAUCAACUACUAAUGUUGAUGUUAUUCCACACACAGUUAUCUUAAACAUUCUUAAGAAACUUCCGGUUAAAUCCUUAUUGAGGUUCCGGUGUGUAUGCAAGUCCUGGCGGUGUAUAAUAGACGACCCUUCCUUCAUUGACAUGCACCGUAUCCAAUCACAUCACCGACGGGGUGGAGUCAAACUUCUUGCUAGCCAGUAUGGGAAGAUAACAUUGCGCGAUGGUGUAACCUAUGAUCGCGAAUUUUUGUUAUUAGUUGAUGCAAAAGGAAAUUGGAUGCCCCUUCCAACUCCAAUAAACGACAACCCCCUCAUGAUACGACGUAGCAAUGGUUAUUGUCAAGCAGGCGUGGAAGGCCUAAUAUGCCUGGAUAACAUGAUAUGGAAUCCCACUAUAAGAAAAAGAUUUGAUCUUCCACCCCAAUGUGUUAAAAUGUCCAUCAUUCGUAGAGGCAGCAAUAGGGCUAAAAUUGAGAAUGCUCACUACUUAGGUUUUGAUUCGUCUACUAAGCAAUACAAGGUAUUAAGUAUUUGUGUUGGUUGCCCGGAGGAAUCAAGUCUUAGAAUGAAAUACAGUACUCACAGCAAAAGGAUUGAGUUUCUUCAAGGGAUGUUCCAAAUGCAAGUCAUUACUUUAGAAGGAGCUAAAUCGUCAUGGAGAGACAUCACUCACCAUAUUCCGGGAGAGGCGAUCAAGGACAUGACUCUCAUGUGGUUCCCCACUAACCCAAAUCUCUACUUAAAGGAUGAGAUUUACAUUAUGGUUGGAUAUCCACAACAUUUGGCUCUCAUGGUUUUCUCGGUUGGCCAAGAAAGAUUUAGAUUUAUACGUCUUCCAGAAGAAAUAACACAUGCACAAGUAAAUAUAUGGAAUAUGACUGAGGUCAGAGAAUGUGUUGCUUUGAUGAAGAUGAAUGGCCUGGUGGUUGCAGAUGCAUCUGGGACAGAGAUUUGGAGGUUGAUCAGCACUAACUGUGAUAACGCUCCAGCUACUAAAGGAGUGGGAAAAAAUCAUUUAUACAACUUGGCCAACAUCUCUAUACCAUCCAGAAAUCUCCAAUCCAGAAUUAGAACGAGAACCUAUUGUGCGUUGUGCUAUUAA